ACACGGCCCAGAGAAUGAGGAGAAUGUUGAGUCUGUGGAGUUCACAUUGUCGAGUUUGUCAACUAGUCAAUUUAUGAGUGGGGAAUUUAUCAAGAUUGUCGACAUUUGCGAUGGAAAUUAAUGUCCUCCUUAGAAGAAUGGAAUGUGUGCUGAUAUUGGACAGAUAGCUUUUGUUAUUUUUACAAUGUUGAUGAACUUUUUCGUACUUUAUUGCAUUAACAUCGCGACCCAAUUUGUAAGCGGAGACGAUGCGUUUGAAAAGCAUGACAAAAGUAUUUUGAAGAGCGUUGGCGGACCUACCUUGGUUAUUAUCAUCGUGUGUUGCGUAUUGCUUUUCAUUCUUUUGGUUAUACUGGUGAAAAGGCAGUUGCUGAGAAUCCGAUUGCUCUCCAAAAGCGGUUCGCAUACACCAACCGGUGCUGGUGCUCCCAAGAGCCUUUCAAAUUCCAUAGAUGCAAAUAUUCAAAGGGUGAAACGGAUGCGAAUUGAACCACGAAUGUUGGCAGAAAAUGUUCAGCAUUUGUGUUGUGAAAACUCUCCGCUCCAGAGCAGCUCCUCAGGUGCAGAUUCCGUGCAUUACAUGAACAAACUGAUUCAUCGUUACAAGGCGAUUGAUGCCGUGACUUGUCUAGAUGACAUGUUGUGUAGUGUCGAUGUUGAAUUCUGUCGAAAAAGUCAUCAAACAGUUCAAGAGCAUUUGAUGUCUCUGCUCAAACCUCCUCGUGCUCCAUUAGCGGGUUGUAAAGAUCUUUGCGAGAAAAUCAUAAAGCUUUAUGAGCAUGCAAGAUAUGGAAAAAUUGAGUUUGGCGAGUACGAAUGUAACGAAAUCAUCACUUGUAUUGACGAAUUGAAAACAAGAUUGCGUGAAAAAUUAAAUAUCCCCGGAACUCUUGUUUCUGCGGAUAUUGGUCAUUCCGGCAAAGACGAUCGUCGUUCUGCGAAAGGUGUUACUCAAAGGACGCGCACCAAGCCAACUGCUGUUUUUUACACUUCUUUGGGACAGUCUCGAAGCGAAACGGCCGUAAUAUGAUGAAAACCAAGGCACUGCAUUGGUAAACGUCGUACAGCAUGAUUUUCGAAACUUUGCUGUGAUAUUAAUAUUUGAUAAUAUUUAUAUAUCUCAUUCAGUGAGAGUCUUUCUCCUUGUAACCAUGGACUUAAGGGGUGAACUGAUAUGAAAGGCAAUGUAAGGGAUUAGAACAAUGGUGGUCUAGUAGUGCAGCCAUCGGAGGUUUUGACCUGAAAAACACAGUUCAACUGUACUACCGAUGUGUUUUGCUAAAAAAUUGGAGGGGUCGAAUUUAUUUCUAGAGUGGCGAGAAAAUCAUUUAGGGAGUUGAAAUCUGAUGUUGGACGGGGGGAACACCUCUACACCCCUCUCGUAAAUCUGUCUCUACUUGUAACCAUUGUCCAUAACAACACCAGACAGUGUUGAUGUCAUUAUUACAGUUUAUAUGUAAUGUAA